AUGUCCGCGACUCAGUCAGUCGCCGACUCCGUUCUGGGUUUAACUCAAUCUGAGUUGUUUCUCCUCCGACAACAACAACAAAUCCUGGCCCAGCGAAGUCAUCAAGGCGGCAUGCCCGACCGUGGCCGUGGCACUAGCAGGCAGUCGCAGCCUAGCUCCCGUGCGGUCAGUGCCGCCAGCAGCCAAAGUGUCCCAGGUCGGAUUAUGCUGGAUCCGCAUAGCCUGCAGACUUUGUAUGCGCACCUGGAGAACGUGAUGAGGAGCAUCCAGCGACGAAUUGCUGAGCUUGAAGACGCAACCGCACAGUCAGUCAGAAAUUCCAGCAGUCGAGCCGGAAAUACCGUGCAAAAUGCAGAUAAUGAGAUCGCCAGGAUGCGGCGCAUCAUAACCGAGAUAGACAACCUUGAACAACAGUUCGAGCAACUCGGACGGGUUCGGGACAAAAUCAAGGCCAUCAGAAACAACGUGGAUGAGCUGAGUGAGAGACUCGAUCGCAGUCGCCCCAGCGGUCACAGCGCUGGAGGAGCACGACCUCGCCGCUGA